CUUUGGUUAGUGCCCGUCAGGGGGCGCCCGUUGCUCGGUGUUCGUCUCUGUCGCAUUUUUAUGACUUCAUCAUGAGGGUGAAAGAGCGCAGCGACCGAAGGUGAAAACCAUACGCGCAACUACACUGGAGGCAUGGAAGAUGAUUAAGUUAGCUGGAGUGUCCUUAUCCUGGCUAUACGGCACACGUGUAGCUGGUUUAGGACAGUGUGUUUGGCACUAUACUGAGCGGCUACGGGCAUGUCGGAGGUAUGCAGGAAUUUAUACUUUUUAACUGUGGAGGUUUGGUAUAUAAAACGAUUAAGGGCUUUCAGAAAUGUAUGUAUUUUCCGAGACGUAUCAGAUUUCCAGCCGGGGAGGUAGUAUAUGAACAUGGUGGUGCUGGUAUGAGUAACAAACUAGUCCGCAGGCACUCGUGCACACUGGUAUACAUUAUAAAGCAUCAAUAAUAUGCAUCUAGUUCACUGAAGUUACGAUAAGGCUAGAAUAUAAUUUUUUGGCUUUGAUUGUACUGUACUGGAAGUGUCACUCGGAAAUUGCUUGUUGCUGUGCUAUGGUAUGUGUCCAGGCGGGACCAUGAGCCGGUUAUGGAUGCAGAUUCUGCAUAUCAGGCGGUCUAUUGGACGGCUCCCCACAAGACGGCUCUCGCCAGAUCCAGUCCGUUUGGGCUGGAGUCCCUGCACAGCAUUACUGGUCCGGUUUGGUUUCUAUUCCGGCACAUCAGGGGCAAGUGAAUCUAGGAAAUAUCCCCAGGUGUGGCCUGUGGCCCCUGUGAGGUAUAAAGGCAGCAGGGACUCAAAAACUGGCAGUAAAAAUAAAAAGCAUGCGGCUGGAGAGGAGGAUGAAGACGAAGAUACCGACCUAGAGGCCAGUGAUGAAGAAGAACCUGAAGAUGACCCUAAUCUGCCAAGAAACUACAAAGACCAGGAGCGAGUUGUGCCGUCCCUUCGUUAUGACCUCAUCAUCAGGGCAGGCCUGGAUGUGCCCCGACACAAAAUUGACGACGCGUUUUACCAGAACAGACUGAGGCUUAAUGGACAGCCACUCAUGAAGAAAAGCAAGACGGUCUCCAUUGGGGACACCCUGGACCUGGUACUUGAGAACAACGCAGAGACGGGCAUGGUGACACUGAUGAGAGUCGUGUUCCAGGCAGCAGCCGAGGCGACGGAGACCACAGAGAAGCACAAGGUGGUGCUGAGGCGCUGGAAACACCUCCGGCUUCCCAAGACAGAGACCCACAGGCAAUGAUGGUGGCCAGAUUGUCGGCAUGGAAACAGGCCCUGGAUUGGACACUGGCACGGUGUUAUGUGGUCACUAUGUGGUCAUUGGUGAUGUUUGACUAUGUCCGUUAAUACAACUUUUGUAACACCAAUGAUUCUCUUUUUAAAUGUAAUUAAAAGCCACAAGCAGUG